AUGCUCCAAACAGCGUGCUCGCUUGCCUCGGGUGGUGAGGCCAAGCUGUGGAAGGCGAGCGACUGCGUAGUCAAGGAGUUCCGGUCUCACGACAACUUCAAGCAAGAGCACGAAGCCUUGCGGUGCAUCAAGCAUCCGCAUGUUGUUCGCAUGCUUGGCUGGGCCCUGGAAUCAGGGGGCCAGGACCUGGAUACAUUAUUCUUGACUUCUGUGCUGGAGGAGAUCUAUUUGCAAGGAUGCGGAGCGACGCGGGUUUCACCUGGCGACACCGUCUACAGGUUUUGUCACAUUGCGUCGAUGGUUUGA